UGUCGUUGUCGUCGUGUCGUCGUCUUGUGGUGCGAAUAAAUCGCAACAUUGUACCUAUUAUUAUUAUUAUGUCGCGAUGAUGCUGUAGUAAAGUGGUGUGUCGGCGGUACUGCGAAAUAAUAAUAACAAUACAAUAUUACAAUAAAUAGCUAGAAUGCACUAAAACGUUUGUUUGCUUAUUUUUGCACACGAUAUAUUUCAAUAUAGACGAUGUUCAGUGGUGUACUUGAAUUUUCAAAAUCAGUUGUAUCUGCCGAUUUUAUAUGUUUUUUAAUCGGUGCGUAACGCUAUUUGUGAACUUCUUAUUUAACUUUCUACCCUAACUGAUCCGGCGAGAUAACCACAAUAUAACUACGUCUCGGCCCGCAGCCGAUGUGAAGCUUUUAAAUAAAAAAGAUAAUAGUUCCAAUGCAAUAACGCCCUGUAUGUAAUAAUAAAUAAUAAUUAAUAUUGUACCUGUUUUACUCAACGCGCUAUCUUAUCAACAUUUUAUUCUAAUGCACUGCCGCGGCACGACCACCGCGAUUUCGACGUUAUAAUAUUAUUAUCAUCAUCGUACACAUAUACAUAUUAGUACACAGGUAUAUCGUUGUGGUGCGGUGCAUAAUGUCGUUGUUGUGGACGCCGUUGAGGUUGAUUGAGACGGAGAAAAGGUCGUCGUCGUCGCCGUCGUUCACCACCACUGCGACCACAGCCAUCUCCGCCGCAGCCGUCGCUGCAGCAGCACUCCAUAACGUACAGCCACCGUCGGACCCGUUCAUAGCGUCUGUGCUCCAUCCCAGACAGAAUCCACGGCCCGGCCGUUUGCUCUUAGAAAACGUCAACAACCGGCCGCAGACCAUGGACCGAGGCACACAGGCAAACACAGACGGCCCCGUCGAGGUGAUCACAGAAGCUCCUACCACCAGCGACGGUCCGACAAACAACGAAUUGUUCCGUAAGGCCAACAUUGGCGUUACAAAUCAUACAUUGAUGACCAACGGUGGUGACAAUUCUUCGGUUGAUAGUCUGAACAGUGCAGAUUCUGCAAAACGUGACAGCGAGGAAUCAGUAAUUGAACUUUCCGAGUAUCAUCAGCCAAUGAUAGCCAAAGACGAUUCUGAUGGACCUGUCAACAUGAGCAAUGGUGAUGGAAAAUCUGGUGGAGCUGGAGGCAAACCUUCCAACGGUAUUGUUAAGGAACACCCAGUUGAUGAUGAUAUUGACAAAACUAGUUGUGGCAUGGAGUGUUUAUACUUUACCAUGCAAUGCUGUGAAUGUUCAAUAAUGUAAUGAACCUAUUCCAGCCCUUACAGUUUAUUAUUGUUAGUUAUAAUUGAGUAACUAUAAUUUUACAUUAUAAUUCUAUAUUACAAUGCAAUCGUUAAAUUAAAAAUACAACAAAUUACACUUCAUAGUCAUAUCUUAAAUUUCUAUUAAAUCUGUGAUUUUUUAAGGACCUAUUUAAUUAAUUUGUGUAGUACAGUAGUUCUAUUAUUUUUAAGUGAAAAUUAUAUUUUGAAAAAUGUUAUUUUUCAAUUACUUUAACCUACUAUUAAUAUUAUUAUGUUUAAGUUCCAUCCUAAGGAAUAAUUUUUUUUUGUCAUUUUCUACUGGAAAAACCAUAUCUAUAUUCAACAAGAAUCAUUGAUAAUUUGGUAUUACUUAUAUAAUUGCUUUUGGUUAUUAAUUAUUAUCAUAUCGAACUCAUCACCUUUAGAAGUAUAAUAUAUCAUAAAUUAACAAUUGUGCCAUUUUUUUUUUCUUAAUUAUAAGUCAUCAGAUUAUCUUCCCAUUUGUCCGUGUAAAAAAUACUGUCCACCAUGUACAUAAAAAGUUUUAGUGUGAUACACAUCUCAGUUUUAUUUUGUUCCCACUUUUGGAACGUAUAUAAAGUACAUUAUUGCCACAAUUUAUAACCUAUAGUACAUGCCCCUGUUAGUUCUGAUGAUAUGUUUUCUGUACACUGUUUUUAUUUAUUAUGCCUUAAUAAUAUAUAAUAGUAUAAAACAUAUUUGUAUUCAGACAAUAUUUUUAUGUUUAUGUGAGUACUUUAUGUAUAUUGGAGGUUCAAAUUUGUUAAUACUAUUAUAAAUCAAUUUUGUAAACAAUUUGGACUAAAUUGUGAUAAUAUGUUGAGGGUCCAAAUAAAGCUUACUUUAAAAUUGUGUACAUAUAAAGGUUUUUUUUUUAUAUAUAUAAUGUUUAACCUUAUAUACUUUUAUAUUCUGUAUAUUUUUUUUUUAGAGUUUAUCAUUAUAAUUUUCUAUUUUGUAAGUAAUUGGUAUGAAUUCAAGAAUCUCUUCUUUUAUUUUUAUUUUUAAUAUUAGUAUUAUUACAACUUUACUGCUUUGUAUCAAUAUAUUGAAAUAUAUAAGACUAUGGUAUAAAAUUUAAA